ACUGUAUGUCGCGUUAUGUCCACGGCUGCACACGCGCGAAAGGAUUUUAGAGAUUAGUCACAAAUUUAAAUUGCGAGGUAAUUGUAAAUUUGGCAAUAGGUCGUCUGCUCUCAGUGAAGGCAAAUCUGUUAUUGCUUGCUGUUGAAUACAUUUGUUCUUUUUUCGAGCCGCUUUGGCUUAAGCUAGCCAUGGGGAAAUCUACAGAGGAGAAACUUCUGGACUACAUCAGGGAAGGGGAAGUUUUAAAAGUGAAAUCAUACCUAAAGAAACAUGCCCUUCUUGAUCUAAAUCAAAUUCGACACCGGGAUCAGCUCCAUCGGACGCCGCUUCACAUUGCCUGCGCUGCCGGGCACGAGAAGAUUGUCCGGCUGCUGAUGAGACUCGGGGCAAGCUCAGAAAUUCAGGACUCCAAGGGGGAUACCCCACUUCAUCUGGCUCUAAGUCGUGUUCUGCAUGGUGAUGAAUAUGCCUUUUCAGAGCUUGUCAUCCCCAUCUUGGAGAGGAGCGAUCGUAAUGUAAUCGAUAUGAGUAAUGAUAUCGGAUUCACACCCCGCCAGAUGAUGAAUGAAUCGAACAACAAAUGGCAAUUUGUUACCAUGACGGAUUUGGAGAGUCGUUUGAGCCGAAGACACGAUGAGAGUAAACACGAGAAAGAACCACAAUGGAAGACGGUCAAUGAACAUCUUGAUGAAAAGGUUAUGUGGGAACACGACUGUUGGGAAGAUUACGCCGACCAUGACUGCGAGUCCUUCGACGCCUGGGCGAACCGGAUAGCCCAGGAGAUCCGACGAAAACACCAGGAGGAAGAUAAAAAGUACAAGCCCCAAGGCCCCAAGGUCCAUCACAAUGUUCGGCUCCAGAGGGAGUACGUACCAAGCCCUGAGGCCAAGCAGGAGACACAAUGGAGAAAACAGGAGAUUCAGAUGCAACGACAGAAGAUCCGCCGCAUCGAACGUGAACGACAGAAGACCCUGAAGCAGAAGCAUUCCUACAUGAAACUCUGCGACAAGGUCUUCCACGAAAUGGCCAACGAUCUCCUACGGUACCGAGACAUACCUUGGCCCUGCCCCUCAGGCAAGGUGGAGAAUAUGAUCAAGGUUCUCCUCUGCGAUGUGGACGUGACCAACAAACAGGAGCUUCGGCGAUUCAUCAAGGCGCAGCAGCUUAUAUGGCACCCUGAUAAGUUCCUGCAGCGGUGUGGACAGCGACUUGUGCAGCGGGACAGGCAACAGAUCAUCGCCAAUGUCACAGAGCUGGCACAAACCUUGAACCAGCUCUAUGACAUUGGAACUCUACCCAAAGGUCUUCUCUAGUGGCAGGCUGUGACCAUUGCAAGGGCGAACUCUAUUCCUCCAAAGCUGUUCACUGGAUCUGAGAUGAUUAUUCUGCGCGAUGAUAUACCAAGCUCUGCAUCGUACCCCUUCGUUUGAGAACAUCUUGUAGUAUUGUUGAAAGACGGGUGAUAGAAAAACAGUGCUUUCACUUCCCAAUAUUGUCACAAUUUUCCAGGAGUUAUUGAGGUUUUCGAGAAUUCCAUUAUUCAAAAAUAUCUAGGAUUUUUCAAGGAUAUGAAGUUCAGAGACACUAGACACGCCAUGUUAUGUACAAAACAUGUGAUAUUCUUAUUCUUUACAAUAUGCCUUCUAUUAUUGGGGACGUACUUGCAUAUUGUGCUUCUAUAAUAUUACAUCUUCUCUAUCAACUGGAUCGGUGCCAGUUGUACUUUUUUAAUGACUUUAAUUAAAUUAUUUAUUAGCUUUUUAACCAAUUACCAGAAGCAUGCAUAGUUUAUGCCCCCGUGUUAGUGUUUGGUUAAAAAAACAUAAAUAGCUAUUCCAAGUAUGGUACAUCCAUGGUACAAUACACCAUUUAUAACGAAUUUUACUUUAAUAACACCAAGAAAGACCAUGUAACACAACAUACUAAAAUACCUGAUAUAUACACCCUAUCAACGAGGCUUUGCUUGUUUCGCGAACAUAGAUGUAUGAGAAAUUUUAAUAGAAUUUCCCCGAUAUUCAGUUUCUCAUUCCAUAUAGUUUGUAAACUUGAUAAAAAAAUUUACAUCCGUUUAGUUACUUAUAGAUAUUUCAACUGUAGACAUGUUUUGAUAAUUAAACCCGAAAUAUUGAGUGUAUAUAAUUAUCGAUGGUAUUUGUUAACACUUAUGCGGCAGUCUCAUCGAUGGAACCGACUACAAUGAGCUUUUCAUUGACAUACCAUCGGUCGGUUUUGGAAUCGGUUUCGUAGGUGUAACUGCCCUCGUUGCGGAAUUGGGUCUCCCCGACACCUUUAAACGAACGAGUUUUUGAUAGGUUACAUAGAUGACCUUAAGAAGUUUGACGUUAUCAUGUCUUAAUCUCACACGUGAGCGUGAGGAGAAAGGUGCUGAAAUGAAUUCAAACUUCUCGAUUGAAAUCUCUUUUUAUGAACCAUGAUUUAUUCAUCCUCAGUGCUUUCAGAUUACUUGCGCAGAUAUACUUUUGUUUUCUCAGAAAUCCAUCGUAACGUUUUGAAUUCAUUGUUUCAACAAUUCGGUACAAAACAUGCAAAAUGUCAAUGAUAAAAAAAAAUAUCUGCGUUUAGACAAGGUUGAAUUCACAUAAAGUCAAGAUUUUGUUGUAGUUUUAUUUUCAUAUUGUAGAGGAAAACAUUGAUCUUUAUUUUCAUUUUAUUUUUUCUCUCUUUUGAGAUUUAUUUGACAUCUUUUAAUCAAUAGAAUCACCAAGAAUGUUUAAACAUUAUUCAUUGCUAAAGUACAACGCUUCGUGCAUUUAAUAUUCACACUGCAUAAAGUUUACAUACAGAUUUGCACAUACAUUCAUACAGUAAUCCAUAUACCCCUUUGUAGGGCCCAGUUCUCUUUCCCCUACCUUUACCCCAGAGGGGGCGAGCGAUACCUAAAAUACACCCUUGUCAGAGGCGGAUGUACACUUUUAGGCUAAAUCAAGCGGUUACACCUAUCACUUAAGCGAAACUAUAUUCGGGAGGACUUUAGACGUCAUCUUUGAGUGAAAUAAAAACCCUCGCCAUUAAAGUGUGCUAAGAAGGGAUGAUAGUGGUGAUAUAUUUGUACGGGGCGUGCACAGGAGAUCCCGUCUAUGACGUCACGUCUUCUUGAAAUGAUUUUACUGAUUGAAAUGAAAAAAAAAUCUUAUUAGGAUCACAUCAUACUAGAAUUUCUAAAAAUGUAUAUAUAAUCGUAAAUAACUGUUAUAUCAUGUCCAUGAAAAGACGAACUGUUUAAUCCAAAUAUAUGUCAAAUGUAGUUUAAUGACAUCAUAAUCAUUUAUUUCCAUGAAUGAAUCUGAACAAAUGAAUAAUUUUAAACGGAAAAAAUACAUUUUGUUUAACUUCAUAGGCCCGUAUUCUGAAAAUACGGGCCAUAGUCAUUAUAGUUUGUAUUACCGUACUUGUUUUAUUUAUUUGUUUACCGGAUCAUAUUAAAACAGGAAGAGUCGAAAAAAAUUGCCAGGUAAUCAAAUAUGACAAUUUUCGUCACCCUUGCGAUGAGAAGUGUUUUUAAAAGAAACGCCUAGCAACAGUUCCUGAUUGAUUUAGAAGUAGGCAUAUCAUCACCAUCAUUUCUCAUCACAGUUUUCCUAUUCAUCAUCAUUAUUAUCAUCACCAUCAUCAUUAUCAUUAUUGUUUUUUGUCAUUAUUUUGAUCACCAUUUUAAUAUUUUAUAUUAGUUACUGGCAUCCUCGUCGCAGUAUUCCUCUUUUACGUCUUCAACAUUCACUCAUUCAUAUCACCAUUUUCAUAUAUAACAUUAGCUAAAGGAAACUCAAGUGCCAAAAAGUAAUGUCGGUAAAUUUUAUCUCUUUUAACGGAAACACGCCAUGCUCCGAUCACGGGGCUACGCCUUCGGCUUGAUACUAAAGUCUCGGGGCUAACUAAUUUUAGUACGAUCUGGUAAUCUAUAUCCAUACGUAUUUCAGCCGACAACCACAAUCGUACGUUCCUGGUUGACAUUUAUACACGAGUAUUAAGUGUGUUGAUAUGACGGGCAAGGGUGUCAAUAAACCUGUGUUUACGGUUUAUGUCCCUUUCAGAGAACGUCAAGAAAAAUCUGAAUACAUACAAACGUUGUUGACUAUUAUUUGAUAUUUUCAUUGCCCCAGUCACAUUUACAAAUUCGACUCCAAUCUGAAGAUAACUCAUUGAUCAUUUCAAAUUACGCAAUAUUGAUCGGUAUAUUAUUUACGUAUAUGCGUGACUAGGUUUAUACUAAAACAAUCCGAUGUCACUUCGCUAUCUUUUUGAAAGUCCGACUAAUAUUAUUGUCUUUUUCAAUUUAUUAAUUUAACUCUGAGACGAAGGAUAACCAAUUUAAUAAAUUACGACCAGUAUUUCAAACUCACAAAGCAAAUUUCGUCUUUUUCCAAAUAUAAUCUCCUUUCAUCAUAAUCAUUAAUUUGUAAAUUUGAAUAUAAUCCACUCAGUUUUAACUCCUUAUAUUACACUCAAAUAAUUUCAUGUCAUUAAUUUUUGUUCCAGCAUAUUUUGCUUAUGAUAACAGUCCCCUUUUUGCAAAUAGGGUUAUAUUAUAUUGUUUGAGAUGCAUACUUUAGUGUUACAUAUGUUUUAUAUUAUAGAUAGAAAAUAUAAAUAAAACAAACAAAUAUUCUAUUUGAAUACCCAUGCUAUUCAUGAAGUAUUGAUAUAAUUAAAAGGGCUGUUCUGUGAAAACAGAGCAAAUCGCUUCCAAUCUUCUGAAUAUACAAAAUAAUAAGUUCGUAUUUUCUUCGAUAUUGUGAAGAACACCCGUCAUCGAAAAUUAGGGUGAAAAGUGUAAAACUUUUCUAUAAAUAAAUGCUAGUAUACCCCCUUGAGAUUGCUCUCUCCGCCUAGCAUCCGUCACUCUUUUUGAUGUUCUCGGGACAUCUAAUAUUAGGCACGUGACCGGUUUCACUGCAGUCUCAAUGGGUAGGGGAAACUGUUUCAUAUUUCUAUUACUGGAUUUUACAAAGUGAAAUGUGAUUUUUUUUUUCCGAUCGGAUAAGGACUUUCAUUAAUUUUUUUAUAUUAAGGGUUAGAUCCUAAUCUUUUUCCGAACGUUAUUGAACUAUAUAUUGUACAUGAAUAUUCGGAGUAACGUAUCCUUGAAGAUAAAUUUUUCACUCAUAUCCACCCCCCCCCCCCCCCCCCUCUUCUAAACAUUGGGUAGCCUACUCUUCGCCAUAUUCGCGAGAGGAUAAAAUUGACAAGUAUGUGUUGGUCGGUUAUCAUGUUGUUAUUUCUCGGUGAUUUUACUGAUAUACCUGGAGUCAUGACUAAACAAAAUCCGUAAUUUUGUUAAAUAGAAAUUUGUUCUAAAACAAUGCAACAAUAACGCUAUAUUAUUCAUUUAAUACGAAAAUAUUUUUAGUUUUGUUUUGGGGCUGUUUUUUUUUGGGGGGGAGGGUCAUUCAUUCUACAUUGAGAAAAUCACCAAAAUAUAAUAGUUGUUGUAAAUGGUAAACCUUUGUUUGGAUUCAUUACACUAUUAAAGACAGUCAUGUGUCCCUCAAACUAUUGAUAUUUAGUGACGUUUUAACCUGCCAAAUUAUUAUACGCAUGUGGUAAUUUGUGUUUUAUUCAUGCUUAUGUUUAGUGUGCACUGCCUGUCUCCCCGAAAAUAGAUAUGUGGCAGACUCGAGUAAAGACCAUGAAGCCUUGUAAAAUUAUAAAUUUUAAAGUAGACAUAGCGAGAAAUUCGAACUCACUUCCCGCUUUUGCAUCAAAUAAACUAUCUAGGUCGUCGCAUGUCUGACCACAACGAAUAAACAGGGAAUUAAGAAAUUACUUGCUUUUAAUAACUUGAACUUUUAUUCAGAUCAAUAUGAUUAUUUGGCUCGGACUGUACUCUAAAUGUCAUUAACCCAGGGAAUUGGGGUCGUGUCCCAUUAUCCGCUGCUUCCAGAAUGGAGUGAAAAGUUGGCGACGAAUUUGUUUUUUCAAAAUAGACUUUUUAUAAUAAUGCCCCGCCCCACACCUUAAAACGUUAUAUUAUGCAACAUUUUCUCUUCAUAAUAUUUCAACAGGUGUUUAGGUUGUUGACAUUCUUGACGAUGGCUCGGUUUUAGAACAAAAAAUAUAGGUAUUUAGCCUGUGCUAUAACAACUUCAAAGUCGUAGUAUUCUAUAUGAAUUUCCUUGUUAUUGUAUUAAUCACAAAAGUCUCAGAAAAAAUAAUAAUGACUAUUUUAAUCAAGAUUACCAAUAUCGUGAUAUACAGCUCCAAAACACUAUGAUCAUGCAGAUAUAAUUUGGCGGGUUUUAUGUUGUGGUUACAAAGUAACUGAAUAUUGAAUUAACUUAAACAUUUUUUUAUCGCUUAACAUGUCAGCUCCACUCUUCUGUAUCGAAUUCAACAUGUGUGUAUGUGUUCAUAAAUUUGAAAUGAUCACGGCCAUGCAUGAUGACACCAUUUGCUUUAAUUUUGCUCUUUCUUUUUUCUUGGACGUAUUCCAGAUAAGUGUGGAAAUUCCUUGUUAUUGCUAUCCCAUUUUUAGAUCCAAUCUAGUCCCAGGUUUCAGAAACCGGGUUGUUGGUCUUGGAAAGUUGUGUUCCUCUGCGGUGUUUAUGAGUCCAUUGAUAAAACCAUGGAUCAGCGGUCGGCUAAUCACACUCUCUCAAAAUUUAUCUAUCAUUUUUUUUAAACCGCUCUCCACUUAACAAGGCUAAAUUCGUCUCCACCUGCACCCAUCCCUUAUCUUCUUUGCCCUCUUUUUUCUUCUCCCUAUAUUUCUUUCUUUAUUUCUUUCUUUCGUUCUUUCUUCCUCCCUUCCUUCCGAAAUUCCUUUCUCUCUUCCAUCCUUAAUUCCUUCUUUCCUUUCUUUCUUCCCUACUUUCUUUAGUUUAUUUCUUUCUUUUUUUCUCAUUCUUUCAUUUCUUUCUUUAUUAUUUUUUUAUCUUUCUCUGUCCUUCACACUUACUAUCUUUUCCUCUUGUUUCCCGGCCACUUUGUUUCUCCUUCACUUUUUUUUUAAUUUUCAAGUCUGCUAAUUUUAAGCAAAGAAAAAAUGAAUUUCAUUAACCCAUGAUAUCUCUCUGUCGUGUACAUUUAUUUAUUAAGUUCGGAUCAAAAUGCGUCAUGGUUUUAUUCAGAAGGCGGUUAUCAAAAUUAUUUUUAUUUCUGCAUGUGUGCUAUAUUAUAAUAAUCAAAAUGUAAAUCAUCUUAAUGAGGUAAUAAAAGCCUUGUGUUGAAUUUUAGUUAUAUAUUUUUAUUUAUUUGAAUAUUAAAUGUGCAAUAAGAAUGAAUAUUCAUGUAUGGCUGUACAAUAGAAAAGUUCAGUAUUUGUACUAGGUAUACCUACAUAUAGAUUCCUAUAGGGACAUGGUUGACUAUUAUUUUACAAGUCCUUACCAUUUAUUAUCAUCCUGAUGAAUAUAAACUUUGUACAUAAUUUAUGACUUUGUGGUGGUUUAUACUGUUUAUGGACAUUGUGUUUAUUUUAGUUAACAAAGUUUAAUUUAAACUUGUAUCUCAGCAUUAUUUCUCUCUCCCUCUAACUGUUGGGUCCGGUUGUAUAAUGUUUCUAUUAUAUUUAGUAACUUUGCAUAUCGUUGUAAAUACCAUGGUAACGAUGAUCAACGUCCAAUCAGGAAUCAGGAUUCCAUGUCAGUUACCAUUGGAUGGCAGAUUUACCGUAAUCGUAACUAAAAAAAUAUAAUUUUCACAAACCAGGCGAUAGAUUUAUAGAACAAUGCGCUUGAUCACAAAUUUGUCGUUCCGUUCGUCUCAAUGUGAUUCCAUUUUGGCAAUGUGGGAUAUGAAAGGAUCAAUAACUGUAUUUGUUACACAUUUAUUCAAAUAUGUCGUCGUAUACACAGGCAAAGUUGUAAUCUGGUCACUUUUUUGAAUUUUAUUUCAUUGCUCGGUGUAGGAUAAUCUUAUUAAUUGGAGUUUGCAGAAUUUUUUUUUGUGAUUGUUGUACGUGUAAUCAUGGAUCUGACAUUAAUUCUAUUCAAAGUUUUUAACAUUUUCCCCCAGCAUUGUACUUUUCAUGAUCAUUAUUUACUGAAUUAAAUCUUACAUUUAUUGUCGAUCUGGAAAGCAUUGAAAUAUUUCAAUCCUUUGUUCAAACUGACCAUUAACCAGUAUCAUUUAAAAAAAAUUGACGUUUGAUUAUGAUCAUGUUUUAUUUUGUUUAACAAAUGUACAUAGAAGAAUUACUCAUUCAAAGUGUGUAUAAAAGGAUAAAUGUUGUAAAUAAAUCCCUUUUGAAAA